AUGAAUUAUCUUUUAAGUGUUGAACGUACAUUAUUAGCUGAUGUUGCAAAGACAUUUGAUGAAUUAAAAAUUAUCGAUGAUAAAACAAUGAAAGGUUUAGCAUUUUUCUAUGGUUAUGAAAUACUUCUUCAUGGAUUUGAUCUACUUAAACAUACAAAACGUCUUGUUUUAUAUCGUACAAAUGAAAUAAUAUCACGUCAUAUUUAUCAAUUUCAUGCAAAUAAAAAUCAAGUACCUGUUUAUACAUUAUCAAGUAGUAAUUUUUGUACAUGUACUUUUUAUAAACAACAUAUAUUAAAUAAACAAGAUUAUUUUGCAUGUCCACAUAAUAUAGCUAUUAAAUUACAUGAACAAAUAUUUAAAUUAAAUAAUGAUAUUGAAAUAGAAACAUUCGAUGUAUCUCAUGAAUAUAUAAUUGAUAAAAUGACUAAACUUAUUGAACAAUCUUGUGAAAUUGAAUAA